CAACCUGAGAUAGGUCCUGUAAUGAUGAACAUCAUGCAAAUAUCGAAAGUGUUUGACAUGGUUCUUCAAAUAUUGAUUUGAAAAUGAUUUGAGAUAUUUCUCUAUCGUAGAAGCAAACACGCACACUGAUGCCAACACAGGACAGAUACACAAGUCUUGAAGAAUACACUGGCACAAUCAAACUUCAAGGCACUGAGAAAAAGGUUUCAUCCUCAGAGAAAGCAACAAUCACUUGAUUGGCACAAACUGGUGAGGUUUAAUUUGCUCGUACCUGAAAAAAUAUAUUCUGCCAUCAGAAUCAGAUCCUUGUUGUCCUUGGCUUCUAUGCUCCAAGGAAGGAAAUUCUGCAGAGCCCGUGGCACUGAAUGAUAAUCACUCUCUUUGUCAGAGGUCAAACUGAUAAAAGAUAAUCAUGCUAGAAGCACUAUAAGCUCUUCAUUAUGCAUCCACAAUUCCAUUGUCAACACGGUCAAUCCUCAUUUGAGACUAUUACCUAACAUACUCCUUUUCCUCCUAAGACACAAAUGCUUUAGUGGGCUGUUGCACUUAUCUCCUGCAACCCACUGAAUCUACAAUUGAUGGAUGCUAUCCUUUAUCUAUACAGCAACUUAUACCCUUAGAAAUCUUAGGAUGGAGAUUUUUCAACGUUAUCACACUUGCAUUUUGCUAUUUGUCAACCUGUAACCACACUCAAUGAACAUUUCUAGUGCCAACAAUUAAAAGCUCUGGGUAUUGUGAAACUGCCUCACUUGUUUAGCAAUAUUGCUAGUAAAUCAUUUUUCCAUACAUGAGAAAAUUAUUGUCUCUAAUGAUUGCUCUCAAGAGGGUGUCUACACUUACAAGAGCUGUUAUUCAGUGUGGUGGGUGCUGUUUGCUGCAGUGGAUAUGGCUGCUGCUGAAGUGCCAAAGAUUUGGAAUUCCAUUUUCAUUGUAUCCACGUUUUUAUGCUGGAAACAUGGUGGAUAAAAAUCAAAGCCAGGACGAAAUGAGAUUAGUCCACGUGGGGAUGAAGAGAGUGACAACUGAUGACCAGUUGACAGAGUUUCCAACUUGAUAACAUUGAAACAAAAGAAAUUGCAUGAUAAAAAGUCCCACACAAAUUUGCUGAAGAGGGACCAGCAAAAAGAUACAGAAUUCAAUGAACUAUGCGUUGUUUA